UAAAAAUCCAUAUUUCCCUUUUGUUUUGUGAAAAAAAAAUUGCAGAAGCAAACAACGCAAAAUGUAAACACUGAAAAAUGAAUGUUCCCGCCUCCCACUCCUCCACCUCCAACUUGCGCUCGCACUAUAUAUAAACAGUAUUUGCCUGUCUAUCACUAAUCCGCCUCAUUCCCAGUACCCAGCUGGUGUUUGUUCCUCAGCACUACCACAGUCGCCGUCUGUGACACUCUGCAAACCAUGGCUGUGUUUACGGCAUGAGAACAUGAGAGGUAUGAACAGGAGUUCCAGAAGCAAACGGAUCAGAAAAACGGUGGAGUACAACAAUGGAGGAAAACUCUGAGAAACCUGCAAAAACUGAACCGAGUCCUACACCCAGUCCAGCACCCAGCCCAGCACCCAGCCCACUGCUGGAGAGAAUCACUCUUCCUACUGCAAAUCAUGUUGAGCAUCUCAACGUGAACCAGUUCCAGGUGGUGGUGCGGCGUUGCUCGACUCCAAAUGUAACAGAGGAGACGACCUAUUUUAUCCCUCGCCACCCUGUGGUGGAUGCUGGCACCAACACAGACCCGCCAGUGGUCUGUUGCCCGCUGCUUCGCAAGUUUUGCCCAUGUCCGCCACGAGGCCUUCUUGCCUCUCUCAUUACCAAAGUUCUUUUGGCAGCUGUACUCUUUGGGGUGAUUGUGUCCAUCACAGAGGAAGAAUGUCUUCCUGGAGGGAAUCUGUUUGGCAUCACCGUAGUCUUUCUCUGUGCAAUCGUCGGUGGCAAAGCAGUCGCCCUCAUCCAGCUGCCUACACUUCCACCAUUUCCACCACUCCUUGGUAUGCUGCUGAUGGGCUUCCUGCUGAGAAACAUCCCAGUUGUAACAGAUGCGGUGUACAUUAACUUCAGAUGGUCUGCUUCUCUGAGAAACAUUGCUCUGGCUGUCAUCCUGGCCAGAGCUGGCCUGGGGUUGGAUCCCAAGGCUCUGAGGAAGCUCAAAACUGUGUGUAUACGUGUAGCAGCUGGGCCCUGCCUGAUCGAAGCCAGCACUGCUGCUCUCAUCUCUCACUUCGUCAUGGGCUUGCCCUGGAAGUGGGGCUUUGUUCUUGGCUUUGUUCUGAGCGCUGUGUCCCCGGCCGUGGUGGUGCCCUCGAUGCUUCGGCUGCAGAAGGACGGAUACGGCGUGGAGAAGGGCAUCCCCACCCUGCUGAUGGCGGCUGGAAGUUUUGAUGACAUUCUCUCCAUCACAGGGUUCACCACAUGCUUGGGCAUGGCCUUCGCAGAAGGAUCCACUCUGUAUAAUCUCCUGCGAGGCGUCCUGGAGGUUGGAGGAGGGAUGGUUGUUGGGAUCCUCCUUGGCUUCCUUAUUCAGUACUUUCCAAGUGUCGACCAGAAACACCUGGUGAUGAAGCGCUCCUUCUUGGUCCUGGGUCUGUCUGUCUUUGCUGUGUUCGGCAGCAACAUGGCAGGGUUUCCAGGCUCGGGGGGCCUCUGCACCCUGGUGUUAUCUUUCCUGGCUGGACUUGGCUGGGGGGAAGAAAAGGCCCGUGUGGGGGAAGUGAUUAGUUGGGCUUGGGACGUGUUUCAGCCUCUGCUGUUUGGACUGAUAGGAGCUGAGAUUCGAGUCAAUGAGCUGGAGGGACUUACAGUUGGUCUGGGUAUAUCCACCAUACUCAUUGCUGUUAUGGUUAGAGUGCUGUUCACUUUUGUGUGUGUGUUACACGCGGGCUUCAACUUAAAAGAAAAAGUGUUCAUAGCUCUUGCAUGGAUGCCCAAAGCAACAGUGCAGGCAGCAAUAGGCUCCACGGCUUUAGACAUGGCCAGAGCAAAGGCUAACGAGGAGCAGAUGAAGUACGGCAUGGACGUGCUGACUGUGGCCGUGCUCGCCAUCCUACUUACGGCCCCGGUAGUGUCUUUGAUUAUUGGGAUCUUGGGGCCUCGCCUGCUGCAGGGACCGAAGACCCCCACCUGUGGUGAGCGAGUCAAACCCAGUUUAUCAGCAUUUUUCUUAGGCACCGCGGCAGGAAGUGAAGAUGACACCGAAACUCCUGUCACCUUUGAGAGUACACUCUGACAUCUUGAUCUAAUAGAGACCUUGGUCGUCAGUUGUUUCAGCUGCUCUUUAGCCACUGAGUGGCUCUCUUGUUGCUCAAAUCAGCCUGUAUUUAUAGCAGCAGGUGGUUUCCAGGCACUGAGCUCCAAACACAUUUCCCUUGCCAUGCUGUGUGCAUUCAUGCUCUAUGAACUUUACACCAGAGCUGCUUUAGUGUCGAGCUUGAACUGAACAUUUAUAACAUUUAUUUAGAUAUUCUGUAAUUAGCAUGAGGCAAUUAAACAGCAAUUUACA